AUGUCGGAAAUUUGUUCAAACCUGGCAUGGAUGCCUACCUUGGGCAUGCCCACCUGCUUGGAAAAUUGGGGUCAUUUCAAGAAUGCCCAAAUGGACCAUGUUCAACAGAGGUUUAUCCGGGUUGGCCAGAAAGCCCGCGAAAAGGCGCGCUCCCUGGUGUUAGUUUUUAAAGUUUCACGGUCAAGUCUUUACACAGUCAUUAGCCGGGUCAACUGGACCAUCCUACCCUUUAUUAUGAAGAGGUAUAAACAAAUCUCCACCGUUGAUGUGUUUACGGGGGGUUGUACCGAAGAAGAAGUGUUCACUGGGACGAUACCUUCCCAACUUGGGAAUCUCUCCAAGUUGCAAUAUCUCGAUGUUAGUGGUAAUUAUGAUGGUCUUCGAGCAGUGGAUCUUGCAUGGUUGCCACGCCUCUCUUUGUUGAGUCAUCUUGACAUGAGCUUUGUGGAUCUUAGUUUUGUGAGGGAUUGGGUUCACACGGUUAACAUGCUCCCUUCUCUUAAAGUGCUUUGCUUGCACGAAUGUGACCUUAAUAGUACUGUGCCUGCUAGUAAUUUACAUUCCAACUCCAACCUCUCGCACCUUGAGGUCCUUGUUAUGUCUGAGAACAACUUCUAUACAUCACUCAAGCACAACUGGUUCUGGAAUCUUACAAGCCUCAAGGAGCUCUACCUCUCAUUUUGCGGCUGGAAUGGGUCCGUUCCCAGUGAACUGGGAAACAUGAUGUCGCUUCAGGUCAUAGACUUGAGGUGGAACAAUCUUGAGAGUUUGCUACCAAGAAAUUUAGAAAAUUUGUGUGAUUUGGAGGUAUCGGCAUUUGAUUUUAACAACAUUAACACGAGCAUGUCUGAGUUCAUGGAUCGAUUGCCAAUGUGUUCAUGGAAUACAUUGCAAGAGUUGUCAGUACAGUAUACAAAUAUGACCGGAAAUCUACCCGUUUGGAUUAGGAACAUGACCAAUCUGAGUGUUCUCCGUGCAUCUGGAAACAUGAUGGCUGGCCCUCUACCCGUAGGAGUUCGAGCACUUGGUAAUUUGAAAGAACUAGACCUAGGAUACAAUAACUUCAACGGUGUGCUCUUGAAAGAUCAUUUCACAAGUUUAGGUAAUUUCAAGUUUUUGGACCUAGGAUACAACAACUUCAGCGCCGUGCUCCUCAGGGAACAUUUCACAAGUUUAGGUAAUUUGAAGUUUUUGGACCUCAGCUACAACAACUUCAGCGGUGUGCUCCUCAGGGAACAUUUUCCAAGUUUUUGUAAUUUGGAAUGGUUGGACAUCAGCUACAACAACUUCAACAGUGUACUCCUCAAGGAACAUUUUGAGAGUUUACGUAAUUUGAAGUUGUCAGACCUUGGCUGCAAGAACUUCAGUGGUGUGCUCUUGAGAAGGCAUUCUUCAAGUUUGGGCAAUUUAAAGCAUUUGGACCUUAGCUAUAAUAAAUUAAACAAUGUGCUCACAGAGGAGGAUUUUGCAGGACUAUUGAAUUUAGAGUAUCUAGACUUGUCAUACAACUCGUUGAAACUAUCUAUCAACCAAAAAUGGGUUCCUCUAUUUAGAUUGAAGGUCGUAGGUUUUCCCUCAUGCCAUUUUAGACCUCAUUUUCCAAAGUGGCUCAAAUGGCAGAUUGACAUUGAUGUUCUUGUUCUUGGAAAUUCAAACCUGGAUGAUGUUAUUCUUGAUUGGUUCUGGUUGACAUUUUCCCGAGCUUCAUUCUUGCAUGCAUCGGGAAACAAGUUGCAUGGCUCAUUACCAGAAAAUUUACAACACAUGGCGGCUGACCAUAUAUAUCUCGGGUCGAACAACCUUACAAGUCAAUUUCUCUGGAGGAUUACCAAUGUGGUUACCCGAGAAAAUGCCCCUGCUGCAAAUCUUGAGGUUGAGAUCAAUAUGUUCAGUGGCCAUAUUCCGGACAAUCUCACUUCCCUUGCCCGUCUUCAUUAUUUGGACAUAUCAGGCAACGAUAUAUCAGGAAGCAUACCAUGGUCACUCUCAAACUUGAAGGCAAUGAUGACCAUAAUAUCCAAGGACACUACAGAGGAUUACAACUUUGAAGAGAGCAUUCCAGUAAUCACGAAAGACCAAAAGCAUGACUAUAGUUUCGAAAUCUACAAGCUAUUGGUGAAUCUUGAUUUGUCCAAUAACAGUUUAACAGGACAAAUCCCAGAGGAGAUAAGUUUACUGAUUGCCCUCACCAAUUUGAAUAUAUCAAGCAAUUAG